AUUGAAGUUCUUCCAGUGGUUGUAUUGAAUUGAAUGGGAGUCUCUCUGCAGCAUCAGUGCAUGAAAGAGUGAAUGACAUGAGUGGAGUUUGUUCUGCUACUACUUCCUGAAUGUUUGCAGUUCAGAGCUGACUGCUUUCAUCAGGAAACAGUGAAGUCUGCUCAGUUAGUUUGAUCUCUAAAGAUGUCCACACAAACUGAAGCUGCAGCAGAUUGGAGAGUGAAAUUUAGCAGAAAUCUUCAUCCAGAUGGAAGAGAACAAAGUGAGGUGGAGAUGUUAGAUGAUGAAGAGCAUUCCUAUGAAAAUGAUCAUGGAUUACAACAAACUGAAAAUCAGAAGCAGAAGAAUCUUCAAGCUGAGAGAAGAAACUGUUUCAGAGUUUUCAAGUUUUCUCUGGGAGUUUUCUAUUUUCUGAUUCUGGCUGGACUCAUGACUCGCUAUCUUCUGGUGUCUUUGGAAAAAAACAGACUGAAAACUGAACUUUCAGAAUUGAUGUCAACUUUCUCGGCCAACAACAGUCAUUUUCAGGAUGAAAUGAAGCAGCUGAAAGAUGAAAAUGAAGGCAUCAACAAAACUCUUUUGGAUGAAAUAAAACAGCUGAAAAAUCAGAUUGAAGUCUAUGAAGGUAAUCGGUGUCCUGAAGGAUGGAGGAGAUUUGGAAGCAGCUGCUACUAUAAAUCCACUGAGAAAAGAAUUUGGUAUAACAGCAGGAGUUUCUGUCAGAAAAAUGGAUCUGAUCUGGUGGUGGUAAACAGCAAAGAGGAACAGCAACAUUUCAAAGAAACGUUGUGAUGGAACACAGAAACUCUUUUUCCCACUUCUAAUGUCUUCAAUUCCAAAUAGGCUAAACUGGGAUUCAGUAGAAAUGGACUGUUGGCCCUGAAGACAAAACUAGAAGCAAAAACUAAAUGAACAGAAAUCUGCAUCAAAGAAAGUCAGAUUUUGUUCCUCAGAUGAACUUUCUCUCAGUUUUUAGGACAAUUAUCCAGAACAGAUGAAUCCUAAAGACCAGACAUUUUUUUACUGGACAUUUAGUGUGAAAGGAAACCAAGAUGGAGAGAAUGUAUUAAGAAAGAACAUUUUCUUUGUUUAUAGGAGUUUGUUUCUACAUUGAAUCAGAAAGUGGAAUCCUGGAUCGGUCUGUAUGCUGGAUGGUCAGUCCAGAAACGGAAAUAUGAAUGGAAAUGGGUGGAUGGAUCACCACUGACAGAAACGUUCUUGGAUGAGAGCAUUUCAAAAGACCGGAACAAGGAUGAUGCAGUGUUCUUAAGUACUGAAGGGAAAUGGAAACAACAGGACAAAACAAACUUCAAAAACUGGAUCUGUGAGAAAAACAAUUCUAGAUCUUUCUGUUCCUGCGCUGUACAUUAAUUUAACUGUUUAGUAAUGUAAACACAAACAUGUUUUUUUUUCAUUCACAUCUAUAAAAUUGUGCUUAAAGG